AAUUCGAGUUCAGGUGCCGGGCCUGGGCCUUCCAGUUCUGCUCAGGAAGAGUUCACAGUGAGAAUUCCUAGAGAUGGAAGAAAGAAAUUCACUAUGAUGAAGUUUGGCACCGGGACAGCAAUUGACUUUGCCAAAAUGGGAGAACAAUCAGUAAAGAUUGAAAGGGAAAAUAAUGUGAAAGAAUACAGGACGGCUAAUGAUCUGGACACAUUGCCAAAGUUUGGGGCUGGGAGCGAGUAUGGCAGAGACCUGAAAGAAGAGUCACGGAGGAAGAAAUACGGAAUUAUGCUGAAAAAGUACAACCCUGAUGACCAGCCUUGGCUUCUGAAGACUGGCUCAGGAAAACAGGCUAAAAGGUACAAAGGAGUGCGAGAAGGAGGCAUCACAGAGAAUACGUCCUACUAUAUUUUUACGAAGGCAACUGAUGGAGCAUUUGAGGCUUACCCAGUGGAAGAGUGGUACAACUUCAGCCCUAUUGUACGAUACAAGUACCUCAACUCCGAGGAAGCAGAAGAGGAAUACAGCAAGCGUGACAGGACUCUGAAUUACUUCAGUAUCAUGUUGAAAAAGCGAUAUCGGAAAGAGGAAGACAAUGUAGAUGAUGAUGGAGAUGAAAAGAAGAAAGGGGGCAAGGGCGGGAAAAGGAAGUCAAAGGGUUUGAUCUUGACAGACAUGGAGGACUGGGAUGAUUUGGAAGUUUCUGAUGACGAUGGUGAUGAUGACAGCGAUGGAGAGAAAGAUGAUGACACAGAUGGAAAACCACAGAAGAAAAAGAAACCUAAACCGGGUGCCAAGAAGAAAAAGUCAAAAAAUGCCAAACAGAAUUCUGAUGAUGAAGCUAUUGAAGAAAGUGAUGAAGGAGACUACGAUGACAGAGAAGUGGACUAUAUGUCAGACUCUGGUAGCUCUAGCAGUUUUUCUGGGCCGGAAGAUGAAGGGAAAGGAAACAAGUAUGACGAGAAAGGUGUGGAUCAGGAAGCAGGGCUGAGAAAUAUCUUGGACUCGGAGGCGGAAGACGAAGAGGAGGAGGAAACUCAAAAGGAGGAGCCGGAGGAAGAGCCUGCUGAAAAAGAAGGAGAAAAGAAAGAGGAGAAAAAGAAAGGGGCUGAUGACAGCAGCAGUUCAAGUUCUGAAGAUGACUCUGACAUUGAGAAAGAUGCAAAGCUGGCCUCAGAAUUAUUCCUGCAGGGACAGAAGAAAAUUAAGAAAGAAAAGAAAGACAAAACUGAUGCUGGGUCUGCUGAAGCUGGUGUCAAGACUGAUCCCAGCCAGCCAAAUGAUAAGCAGAAGGAAAGGGGUUUGAAAAGGAAACCAGAAAAAUCCUCCGAUGGUAAAUCUCCCAGUGUGAAGAAGCAUAAAUCUGAUGACAGUGAUGGCAUAUCAGAGGAUGCAAUUAGGAGGUACUUGAUGCGGAAACCAAUGACAACGAAAGACUUGCUGCAAAAAUUCAAGUCCAAGAAACUGAACAUGACCAAUGAGAGAAUCACCACCGUCAUUGUACAGCUGCUGAAGAAAAUCAACCCAGACAAGAAGACAAUCAACAAGAAGCUGUAUUUGUCUUUGAAGAAACCAGAAUGACCGCUGUCGUUUGUUUUUAAGGGAAUGAAAGCUGUGUGUGGAAAGGAAGCGUGGGUUCUUAUAGAAUGUAUGUUGACUGGUUAGCAUGAUUUCGAUAAUGUUGUCGAUUGCUGCAGCCUAGUCAACUUGAUUUGAGACUGCACUCUGAGUUUUAGUUUUAGUAAUUGUAUAGGGGUGGGGAGGAUUCCCUUUCUGUAGUCCUUCUUUUUCUAAGUAAAUUUCGUUUUACUUUGUUUUUAGUUGCUUUCUAGACCUUUCGAGUUCAAAGACAUUGCACAAGUAAUUAUAAUGAUGACAGGUUGUCUAUCAUUAACAGAUAAUUACAAUUUAAAGAGGAAGAGGAGCUCUAGACCUUGCUAGCUAGUAUGGUAAAAGAAAAAGUAAAGGAAAUAAUAGCAAGCAGUUUGUAAUGGUCACAAACACCACAACUCACCAAACAGACCUUUCACCUUUCCAAAAGUGGUGCACUUACCUGCUUAAACAUAUGGUUAGUUGGUUAAACCUUCUUAAGGCUUCACCUUUAAACUUCAAUGCCAUUUUUUUUUUCUUUUUAAAUUUCCAAAAAAACAACACUUGUGGUCUGUCACUGCUUUAUACCACUAUGAUUCAUGAUCAGUCAAGACAGAUGGUUUUCCACUCAUCCACAUGAAUGGAGUAAUUUUGUGCUCACUUAUAUAUAUUAAUUUUUUUUUGUUCGUUGCUGUGUAUUUAGCUUUUAUUUUUGCAGGUGAAAAAAUGUUUUUGUUUCUACCUGAAAGUAUGGAAUAAAUCAAAAUUUGAAUGUUAACAGUCAUUUGUGGAAAAAAACAAACCCUUCAAAAUGUACAGGGGUGGCUAUCACAAAUCACUAUAAAUCAGUCGCAUUAAACAGCUGUUGUUAUUCUGAUUUGACUGUUGCUAUGGACAGCAUUAACCUGGUGCUCGUGUUCACGUGAGAAUGUAUGUUUGUUCGACAUGGAUUGGGAUUUCUUUUUUUUAUUUGUUGUGCGAUGUGGAAGUGUAACUGAUCAUGAGAUGUCUGUUUUACUAAUUGGAGCAGGAGGCUUUGAAUAAAUGAUGUUGAUUAAUAAAUGUA